GUACCGGAGUGGUGACUAUGCGUCUGAGCUUUUACUUAGACGGUGCGGACGUUAAAGGAUACAACGUGUGUACAGAAGCAAGGGCACCGGAGGAAUUUGAACCCAUGGUUCGAGAAGAUAUUAACGAAUGUGCAUCGAACCCGUGUAAAAAUGGCGCCACGUGCGAGGACAAAGAGGCCGGAUACACGUGUGCUUGUGUGGCGGGCUUUACAGGCAACUCGUGUGAGACAGAUGUCAAUGAAUGUACAUCUAAUCCAUGUACAAAUGGCGGCACAUGCGUCGACCAAGUGAACUACUUUGUAUGCGUCUGUGUUCCUGGAUACUCAGGAGCAACAUGCAAUUUAGAUGUCAAUGAAUGUACAUCUAAUCCAUGUACAAAUGGAAGCACAUGCAUCGAUCAGGUGAACCAAUUUAUAUGCGUCUGUGCGCCAGGAUACUCAGGAGCAACAUGCAAUUUAGAUGUCAAUGAAUGCACAUCUAAUCCAUGUACAAGUGGAAGCACAUGCGUUGACCUUGUAAACCGAUUUGCAUGCGUCUGUGCGUCUGGAUACUCUGGGGAGACAUGUGCUUCAGGGCCAACCAUAUCGGGGGCAACUCCCACACAAACCAACACCACUACGACCACCACAAUCAACAACACUACUCCAACAACAAUCAACACAAUCGACACCACUACUCCCACAGCCAUCAACACCAUUACUCCCACCGCCAUCAACACGACUACUCCCACAAGCAUCACCACCACAUCUACCACCACCAUCAACGCAACUACUUCUACCGACAAUAACACCACUAUUUCAAACACCAUCAACACCACAACUACCACCACCAUCAACACCACUACUCCCGCCAUCAUCAACACCACUACUCCCGCCACCAUCAGCACCACAUCUCCCACCACCAUCAACUUCAUUACUUCUACCGUCAAUAAUACCACUAUUUCCACCACCAUGAACACCAUUACUCCCACUAGCAUUAACAUCACUAAUGACCCCAACAUCAACACGACUACUCCCUACACUAUAAACACCAUCAUACACACCACUGAUCCCACCACCAUCAACACCACUACUCCAAUCACCAUAAACACAACUACGCCAACCACCAUCAACAUCACUACUCCCACCACCAUAAACACAACUACGCCAACCACCAUCAACAUCACUGAUCCCACCACCAUCUACACCACUGAUCCCACCACCAUCAACAAAACUACUCCCAACACCAUCAACACAACUACUCCCACCACCAUCGACCCCACUAAUCCCACCACCAUAAACAACACUGAUCCGACCACCAUCAACACCACUGAUCCCACCACCAUCAACACCACUGAUCCCACCACCAUCAACACCACUGAUCCCACCACCAUUCACACCACUGAUCCCACCACCAUCAACACCACUACUCUCACCACCAUACACACAACUACGCCAACCACCAUCAACACCACUACUCCCACCACCAUCAACACCACUGAUCUCACCGUCAUAAACACCACUGAUCCCACCACCAUCAACACCACUACUCCCACUACCAUAAGCACAACUACUUACCACCACCAUCAACACAACUACUCCCACCACCAUCAACACAACUACUCCCACCACCAUCAACACAACUACUCCCACCACCAUCAACACAACUACUCCCACCACCAUCAACACAACUACUCUCACCACCAUCAACACAAUCUACUCCCACCACCAUCGACAGCGCUAAUCCCACUACCAUCAAUACCAUAA